AUGGCCGUCCAGUCCAAGCUCCUCUCCCUGCCGCCCGAGCGCUGGUCCCUUCCCUUACGCCCACUCCUCUCCAAACUCACCUCCCUCUACCUCCGCCACCGCAAGCAGAUCUCCCGAACCGUCUAUUUAGCCCUCUUCGCUGCCCUCGCCAAACGCAUCCACAAUGCCAUCUCCGAGCAGAAAGCCGCCUCCCAGCAACAGGCGGAGUUGCGGAGCAAGCGGCCCGGGACCAGCAGUCUCGGCGACGGCGCCAACGCCAACGGCAGCGGCGAUAUACCCCGCAAGAAAGUCGAGGUGAAUCGCGAGUUUCUCCGGAAUCUGCUGCGACUGCUCAAGAUCGUGAUCCCGGGGUGGAGGAGUAAGGAGCUACGGUUGCUGUUCGGCCACAGUGUGUUUCUGGUGCUGAGAACAUUGCUGAGUCUGUAUGUCGCCGAGUUAGACGGGCGGUUGGUGAGCAACCUCGUAAGGGGCAAGGGGAAGGACUUUUUGUUGGGGUUGGUGUGGUGGAUGAUGGUCGCGGUGCCGGCAACGUUCACGAACUCGAUGCUGUCAUACCACCAAUGCAAAUUAGCCCUGAGUUAUCGCAAGCGUCUCACGGACUACAUCCACGAUAAAUACCUCUCGAACAUGACCUUCUACGCCAUCUCCGCCCUGGACGAUCGGGUCAAGAACCCGGACCAGCUUAUCACGGUCGACGUGUCCCGCUUCUCCGAUAGUCUGGCGGAGCUGUACUCGAACCUGGCUAAGCCCGUCCUCGACAUGGCCAUCUAUAACUACUCGCUCUCCAAGAGCGUCGGCGGCGAGGGACUCUUCCUCAUGGGUCUGUUGGUGCAGGUCUCGGCCAACGUCAUGCGGGCCCUGACGCCGCCCUUCGGGAAAUAUGUGGCGGACGAAGCUCGUCUGGAAGGAGAGUUCCGGUUCCUGCACUCACGCCUGAUUGACUACAGCGAGGAGAUCGCGUUUUACCAUGGCCACGAAGCAGAGAAGGACACUCUCGACAAGGGCUAUUUCACCCUCAUUAAGCACGUGAAUCGCAUCCUGCGGAGACGGCUCUACCACGGCUUCAUGGAAGAUUUCGUGAUCAAGUACUUCUGGGGCGCUCUGGGCCUUAUUCUGUGCAGCAUUCCCGUUUUUUUCAAGAUCCCCGGCCAAGUCACCCAGACCAUGGGUGAUCGGACCGAAAGCUUCGUCACCAACCGCCGCAUGCUCCUCUCCUCCUCCGACGCCUUCGGCCGCCUCAUGUUCUCUUACAAGGAAAUCUCCGAGCUCGCCGGCCACACCGCCCGCGUCUCGACCCUCCUCGAGGUCAUGGAUGACCUGCAAUCGGGCCACUUCGAGAAGAAACUGGUCUCAUCCGCGACAGACUCGACCUCGGCGCACGCCGCGACCCUAGCCUCCCGGGGCACCGUCACCGAGACCGCAGACGCGAUCGAAUUCCGCGACGUACCCAUCGUCUCCCCGAACGGCGACAUCCUGGUGCGCGCCCUAUCCUUCGCCGUACGACCCGGAGACCACCUGCUGAUCGUCGGCCCCAACGGGUGCGGGAAAUCCUCGCUGUUCCGCAUCCUCGGCGGCCUGUGGCCCGUGUACGGCGGCACGGUGCGCAAACCCCCGCCGGACCAGAUCUUCUACAUCCCGCAGCGGCCGUACCUGUCGCGGGGCACGCUGCGGCAGCAGGUGAUCUACCCGGACAGCCUGCGCGACAUGCGGGCCAAGGGCGUCACGGACGAGGACCUGCACGCGAUCCUGGCGGUCGUCGAGAUCGCGGGCGUCGUCGACCGCCCCGGCGGCUGGGACGCCGAGGAGGAGUGGCGCGACGUCCUCUCCGGCGGGUUGCAGCAGCGUAUCGCCAUGGCCCGCCUCUUCUAUCACCGGCCCCAGUACGCCAUCCUCGACGAGUGCACCUCCUCCGUCACCCUCGAGGUCGAGCGCAUCAUGUACGAGACCGCCAAGCGUCUGGGUAUCACCCUCAUGACCGUCUCCCACCGCCGCAGUCUCUGGAAGUACCACCGUCGCAUCCUGCAGUUCGACGGCCAGGGCGGCUACAUCUUCACCAAGCUGGAUUGGGAGCGGCGGUUGAAGUUGGAGGAUGAGAAAGAAGACCUGGAGCUUCAUCUCCGAGCCGUUCCGGAAUUGCAGAAGCGCAUGGCCGAGCUAACCGCCUGA